CCAAUAACAAAACCCACACUAUCGUCAAUCCAUACGGCCUGCAACUUUGUAAUACAUAUAAAUAUAGUCACAUUUUAGCCUCUCAAACAAAACCAAGAUUAACAUGGCUAAUUAUCACCAUUUUUCCAUUCCUAUUUUGCUUCUCAUGACUCUCUCUAUGAUAAGCAACAACUCAAAGGUUGUAGGGGCUCGUCAUCUCCUCGAGACAGUGACACCAAUAUUGCCAGAAGUACCAGAGCUUCCGAAGCCAGAGCUGCCUCCUCUUCCCACAUUCCCAAGUCUUCCAAAGCCUGAUCAUGUGCUUCCUCCAUUGCCAAAAGUUGAAUUGCCACCAUUGCCUCAUAUUCCAACUUUGCCAAAGCCUGAAUUGCCUGCUCUUCCAAAGUUUCCUGAGCUGCCUCAGCCCACUUUGCCAACCAUUCCAGCCUUCACUCCACCUCAUCACUGAACCACUACAAAAUAUGUAGCACUUGUUGUGUGAAAUUCUUAAAUUGGCUGGAGUGCUAGCUUUUUCUUUAUCUUCAUUUUUUAAUUAGUGGAUGGAGAUUUUCCAUAUAUGUAUUUUGUUUACAAAAAAUAUUUGUAUGAUUCUGGCCAUAGAUGUACAGGAUCUAUUAUAUUGUUAUACAUGAGAAAUUUGUUCCGUUUGUUUGGUUAUACAA